AUGGCAGAUGGUGUCUUUGGUGCUGUUGACCAUGUCUCUUCCAUUUUCUUACCCUUCGGAGCCACUUCGCCUCAGGGCCAGAGGAUCUAUGGCAUUUCUGCCUGCUUGCUGGCGCCUGACCUCCAAACCUUACUGCUGCUCUGUGACAUGGGAGCCAUCUACGGCGCCCGGGUAGAUUUCCAGGGUCUGAAGCUCUCCAACAUCAGCUGGAAACACUGGACAGAGAUCACCUCAGAUGACCAGUGGGGUGUUCCAAUGGCCAUGGACGUGGAGGGGAUGGCCUUGGACAACGGUACAGGAGAGGUGCUCUUGUCUUCUGAGCGGCCCUCCCACUUCUUCAGGCUCCCGGUUCCUUGGCAAAGCUUUGUCAACCCCGACAGCGGAAACGUGACGAAGGCUGUGUGGCUGCCGCAUCAGCCGAGCUUUGUCGAGGAGAACGAAGUGUCCAACAAGGGUUUGGAGGCCUUCACUGCCAGCGCGAAUCACACCUUCCUGGCUGGUGUCGAGGGUGCCUUGGAGAAUGACGACCCAGCGGUGCGGCGCAUUUACCAGGUCGAUUCGAGUGGCCGCUCCCUCUGGUCCGGAUUUUUGAUGGUGGACACCUUUCCUUCUCAUCCCUUGGGUCUCACGGAAUUGGCUGCCGUGAACCUGCCGAACCAAAGCGGAGGUCCUCAUUUUCUGUCCCUGGAGAGACGUUUCAGUCGAGCUGAAGAGAAUGACAUCCGCUUGUACCUGCUGGACCUGGCAGGUGCCAGUAAUGUGAGCAACUGCAGCGCCAUUUGUGACGGACCCUGCGACUUGCGAGGGGAGCAUCAGUGCGACCUGGACGAAUUGACCUCCAUCCAGAAGCGCUUGGUCUUCCAGUGGACUCCAACGCAGCUUCUGGGUGGUUUAAUGGUGGACAACUACGAAGCGAUGACCAUCAUCCCACCACAAGCUGUGGGGUAUGAAAGUGUCGAAGACUUGGGCGGUUUGGCAGUGCUGUUGAUCAAUGACAACAAUGACAACCCGCGUCAAAUUGGAACGCAGUUCGUACUGCUCCGCUUACCCUUUGCAACUGCUGGCGAGCCGACGCGCUGGCCACGGAUAAUGCUUCUUUUGGUAGUUCUGCCGGUCCUUGUGGCCCUGUGCAGUUUGUGCACGGUGUUCCUGCUUUGCCCCAAAGCGCGCCGACGCUGCCGGCGUCUUGGCCGCCGUGUGCGGCAUCAGACCUUUGAGGACGAUGAUCCUCCAGUCGACGCAGGUGUCUCCAAAUUGGGCCGCCCCGUCGCUGUGUGA